GCCACUAAGCACGAACUUAAAGUUGAUGGCGGACCAAGUGUUUUAUGGUGAACUAGCGAUAUUAGGUCUUAAUGGUGCUUUGGCUGAGUCUGGAAAUACUGCACGACACACAUCUAAAAUAUCUUUGUUCAAACGUCGUGAAGCAAAUGGAGUUCGACCUGGACCCGUGAACAAAGUUCCUAAAGCUAGAAACUCAGUCGCAGUGACAAAUCGCAAUACACCUGCCAUCUCGUUUACUUUAUCGAGGAACGUUACAGUAGUUGUAGAAUAUGUGCCUGAUCCUAAAGUGGAUAUGUUUCAGAUUGGUCGAAGUACUGAUAAUCACAUAGAUUUUGUUGUAUCCGAACCAAAACCGUCAGUUAGUCAAAAUGAUCAGCAGCACGUCAGUCAUAAUAUUAGUAAAUACAAUAAUAAUAAACAGUGUAAAGAUAAUUCAAAAGAUCCCAAUCGUGGUAAUUAUGAAAGUGCGGUUUCACGUUUUGCGUGUCGUAUUCAUAUUGAUCGUGAUCCACCUUACACUGCUCGUUUAUAUGCAGCUGGAUUCGAUGCAUCAAAUAAUAUUUUUUUAGGGGAACGUGCUAUAAAGUGGAAGUGUGACAAUUCUAUGGAUGGUUUAACAACAAAUGGUGUCAUGAUGUUACGGAUUCCUCCAGCUAAAAUUAUUGAACAAACAAAUGAAGCUUCAGGUAUGUCUUAUAUUAUUAUAUGA